GAGGUCGAAAUACUUGAAAAUAAAUAUUGUAAUCCGAAUGGAUAGCUGUGUGCAUUUAGUAUUCAAACUUUUCAGGACUUUUUAGGUUCUUUAAUUCCAAUGUUUACAUUCUGGAAUUAAUUUAUUUAUCGGUGUUGUUGGUUCUCCGUUUACAAUGUUCAAUUUUUAGAAACAGGUUCGAUUUUGUAUUUAGUAACAGUACACAGGAAUUAAUGUCCGUUAGAUUAACAUAUAAUAAUGUAUGAACUAAAUCGUAGAAUGUUUCCGAAUAGGUAGGUGUGUAGAGCUCGUCCAAAAGUCGCAACAAACCUCCCCCAAUCUCCUCCAAAUUACCACCUCCCCUCUUUCCUCUUCUAAAAAAGACCAAAAAAUAAAAAAGUAAAAGCGACGAUCUCUGGCAUUCAACCGAUCGAUUCUCGAGGCUCGUCCAGAAAUCACAACCGAUCUCCUCCGAAUUACUUCUUCCUUCUCCCCGCUUUUGCCCUCUGAAAAGGACGAAAAAAUAAAAAAAUAAAAAAAGGAACCGCCACGAGUGACGCAGCUGCGGCACCCGAGCCUCCAAUUGAAAGCGUCGAGAGCUGGUCCCGCGUCGUAACACCCAAACAGCCCCGUUGACCGACAUCCCCCGAAAAGCACGUGACUGGUAUUCCGUUCGCGUCAGGACAUCGGUAAAUUCGCGACAUGGGGUCCAGCUGGGACGAGGGCCGAGAGGAUCUCCCCUAAUAUCGUGCGCUGGCGAGGAAUAGAGCGUUCGCGCGGGGCGCCGUGGCGUCGCGGCGACAGGCUUGGAGCCAAUGCGCUGUGAAAAUGCCCGGGUGGGAAAGGGUGGAUCGGGGGUGGCGCGCAAGCGUCGUCGCGGGUAUCGACGCCUCGGCUCCCGGGCAGGGAAAGAAGCGGAAUCGGACGGUAGUAGUAAAGCCCAGCUCGGGUCGGCCGAGCGCAAAUCCGCGCACUCGGCGGCGACAGUCGCGUCUCGUACGUGUUCCUCGAGUUCUCGUUCGCGUCGCCGUGAGAAAACGGCGUUACACCUUCAGUCAGGAUCAUGUGCUCGCCGCGAGGACGUCCUGGGAACGGGGCUCGUGUCUCUCAGUGAACAUCCUUGGUUCAGUUCGGUUUAUGUGUGCGAUCCUCUCUCGGUUUCCACGCUGCUUCCGUCCCCGUAUCUCUGCCGCCCUCUGUCGCGAACCGGACCAGGGGGGUUAAAAGUGGCGCGAGCGGACCCAGAUAGGAGACUGGCGGCGUUCGAGGCGCUGGUGCAUGAGAUCAGGAUGAUAUCGAGGAGCGAUAUAGCUACAUCGAUCCGCCAUCGAUAUCCUCGAAGUUACGAGCUCGUUAUCGAAGCGUUCACGUAAGAUCACGGGGGAGUUCGUGGUCGGAAGAGGAACGACAGCCUCCGGCAGGACUGGUACCGAGAGGAUAGGCAAGAGAUCCAGGUGGCGAAGGCGAACCGGGUGCGAGCUACCAGGAGAGCCUAGCACCUGGCUGAUCGAGGUUCUUGACGUGGGGGGUGACGGGUAACAGCACCUAAGGGCGGGUGGGGGGAUGCAGCUCGAAAGGGUGGCGGCAUGGAGGAGCACUCGCUGGAGGCUCACAUGCAGGCGGGCCUCAUCUGCGUGGUCGGUGUCGCCAUCAUCUUCUCGAAUCUCCUCAUCAUCGUCACCUACCUUAAUUUCCGUGGUCCCUCCGAGGUGAUAAACUAUUACUUGCUGUCUCUCGCAUCGGCGGACCUUCUUUGCGGUCUGCUGGUGGUUCCGUUCUCGGUGUAUCCAGCGCUGGAACGAAGAUGGGUCUACGGGGACUUCCUGUGUCGUCUCGUUGGUUAUUUGGAGGUUACUCUCUGGGCGGUAUCCGUCUACACCUUCAUGUGGAUCUCCGUGGAUCGUUACUUGGCUGUCAGGAAACCGUUGCGAUACGAGACCGUGCAAACGAAGACCCGAUGCCAAUGCUGGAUGGUUUUCACGUGGAUCAGCGUGGCGAUGAUGUGCUGUCCGCCGUUGCUCGGUUUCCAAAAGCCCAUUUUCGAUCGGGAGGCGUUCAUCUGUAUGCUAGACUGGGGGAACAUGGCCGCCUACACCAUCACCCUGUCGAUCCUCGUGCUGGGCCCGUCGGUCAUCACCAUCGUCUACACUUACUGCUACAUCUUCACGAUGAUGAGGCGGCUGCGAUCUGGCGUGCUGAUUCACGAUAAAGAGUACGCGACUGCCCUCUCGGAGAACUUGAGCAAUCCGAGUCACAUCAUGUCUUUCGUCCUGGUGAUGACUUUCUGGAUGUCCUGGGCACCGUAUGCCGGUCUUCGGAUAUACGCUGUCGUUAACGGACCGCCUCAGGUACCGUUUAUGCAAUUCGCGGUGGUGUGGCUGGGGGUGACGAACAGUUUCUGGAAAGCGGUGGUCCUGGCAACCCUGAGCCCCCAGUUUCGGCUGGCGGUCCGCGUCCUCUGUCUGACGCUGUGCUGCCGGCAGAGACGACUUCCGCCGGAGCUGCUCGGCCUCGACGACGACGAUUAAAAGCCAAACGCCUACGAGAACAAGAGGGAGACGCUUUUCUUUGCGCGCGAGAGUUCUACACGCGCCCCGUUCCUAGAGCAUCGCUUUUUAUCGCGGUUUCGGGGUCGUUCUCGCCGCCGUUACUCUCGGAGUCUUCUUCGAGGGCUGAGACUGAGAUUCUUUGUUCCGAAACGCGCCACGACGCUUCCGUUUGGAUUCCGCGUUCGACGACAGAGACUGGGCAAACAUUUUUAUCCAUGGCGACAAAUUUCUUGUCACCAAUGAAACGUUGUUACUCGUUAUUCGGUGCUACUCGUGGGAGAAAUUCUGUGCUGUAGUACUUAUCCGAAGAAGGUGACGUGGUUGGGACUUUUUCCACAGGGAAACGAAUCUUAAUGAGCCAUCUGCAAUAAGCGUGGGAAUUUUAUAGAACAGACCGGCGCGAAUUUUAAUUGAAAUGAAAUGGAGAUACAAUUAUUUAAAAUAAUUUAUUUUGAUGCAACUAUUUGAUAACAAAUAUAUUACCGAAUGACUCGAAGCGAUUUUAAAUAUUUGCCUUAUUUGCUACUUCAUCUUCGUUGCUUUAAAAUUUGAAAUCUCGAAUACAAUUUUGAAGAACGAUUUCACAAUUAUCUCGCAUAAUUAUGAAAUAAAAUAAUAUGUUAUAUUACUUCAAAUAAUUCAAAAUAAUAUUUCAAAUAAUCAUUUCGAAAGUGCCCGGGUCUGUUUUAGAACAACUUAUAACUUCGACAAACGUCGCAGUUCCAAUUACAAUGUGUUAAUUGAAGUUCUGAUUGACUGUUUGAUGGAACAAGUCUCUCUAAACAGUGUUCUUCUUUGUCAUCGAUUAUUCCAAUGAAAUUUUACUCCGUCUCUGUCCGUCGGUAGCGAAAUUCAACGGAAGAAACGAUUAAAUGCUCAUCGUUGAACUACCUGGCUCAGAAGCCAUCUCUUCUAAUCGUGGCUUUCGGCAGUAGCCGAUUUUAGACGCUUCGUAUGUCUCGCUUCGAUAAGAAUUUUUUCGAGCCUCGGGAAACACGCGUUCCUAACCGAGGGAAGUCGAACUCGAGGCUGCUCGCUCGAGUACAAUAAGUGAAUUCUCCUGAUCAACGAGAAAUCGAACGCUAUAAUAUGAUAAUAAGAUCGAGACUUCAAAGACUAAAUUUUAACGAUCAUUCUUGAUUCUAUUUGCGCGAACCAAAAGGUACCACCGACUUUUCUUCCUUCCUCUGGUGCUCUCCUGCAACGAAUGUCUGAAGCAAACAAAAGUAAUCAAGUGUUAUGUUGUAACAUUUUGUAGUACUUACAUUACACAAUUGUUCGGUGGUAUUUAGUACACAAUACGAAAAAGCAAUUCAAGAGUUGCAAAGUGGUACAUAUAAUAUAAAACCUGAAGACUUUUAUUCGAUUCAAAUAUUCGUUGAAAAGGAACAUAGAGAGAAGGAAGUAAAAUUGGAAGCAUCUUUCGGUUAACCCUAAUAUUUAGACAAGUUCAAUCGAUUCCAUCGAAUCCUUUCGCGCGUACUUGUCUGAUACCUGUGUCGCUGAAACUAAUGAAACGGAGUGAAAUACGAAACAGAUGAUGAACACGGAUGAGACCCGACCCGGUGAUAAGGGCACGUUGCUCGCUUCUUUAAGUAUUCGAAUCACGUAAACGUAUAACUGUAAGAGCAUUCCCUUUUCUAUACGAUUUCGAGUUAAGCAUAGUCGAUUACACACACACACACACACACACACACGCGCGUCUACAGUCUAUUAUUAAAGAGUAUUACCGAGAACGAGAAGAACCGCCAAAACUAUUGGCGAACAGACGAAAGAAAGAAUCGAAGCUCAGCCUGGGGCACGAAGACGACGAUCCUCGACGAGUCGUCGGUAGAGAUAUCGAAGAACGACUUCGAGUUCGCUGACGCGCGUCAGCUCCGAUCUCGCUUCGCUCAACGAGAAUCGACAGUACCUUGCAGAGACGAGCAAAAUUCUUAUCAGAAUACAAAGCUUUCCCGAUCUCAAAAGAAACUAGUUGCAAUUCUGCCAAAACAUCACAGUCUCUUACCUAAAGAAGAAGACCCUAUUAAAAAAGUGUCUCAAAAUAGUAUAAUUAUAUCUAAAUUCAAUACGUAAGUUUCAAAUUGGCUUUAACUACUCUAUAAUACCUACAAACUUCAACACAAAAGAUAAAAAACUUCUUGAAUUGUACAAAUAAAUUAUACUUCGCGUUACAAUGCUUUUGGUUACUUUUCAAUGAAAUGAAAGUGUCACAUGUAACGUCUUUAUUCUUUGUGUAUUAUUCUAGUAAAAUUUUGCUCAUCUCUGGCGUCCGGUUUGUUCUUUCAAUUUUUGCUUAAUUAUCGUCGAACGACGGAUAAGCUCUCUCGAGUGAGCGUUCGCAGACUAACCGUUGCCUAUCUAUGUCGUAAGAUCACGCUCAAUAAAUGUCGUAGCCAGUCGCGCACGGAAGACGAGCUGUUCACUUCAAAGCUGUUCUUCCACCUGAAUAAUGCUACUAUGAUGCGAUCGUACAGUUGCGGACGAAGUACGAAUCACAUUACGAAUACAAGUAUCGACCCUUUGCACUCGGAUGUCCCCUCUGAGGGGACUUUGAAAGUCCGGAGAACUUUGACAGAGAUCAGAUAAUAUGAAAUAAAAGAAUCGAUAAUGGAGUUCUCCAAUAAAUUCAUUAAAUUCACAACAGAAUACUUUUCCAAUGUAUAAUUCACAGAUUUUCGAAUAGAGACACUGAUUCUCCAUAAAUUACGUUUACAAAAGUAUCGAUAAUCGUGAGGAGGUUCUUCACCCUCUAGACAGAUACCUUUUUCAUCCCGUGGUAUCUGUAACACUCCACUUUGUGCGACAAACAACACGCGUAAAUACAAGCCACCGUCUACAACUCAUUUCUCGAUUCCAUCAUCGACGCGUCGUUCACGCGGAAGAACAGCCUAAUCACUGUCGCGCGAUUAGGACGGAGGGCGGGUGGGGUAUCGUUACGGCGAGCCGAAUCGAUCACAAGAAACGGGGAAGCUGAUGACACGUACCGAAAACAACGGAAAAACAACACACAAAAAAAAAAGAGAGAGAAGAAAACGAGAACACUAGGUCAAUUAACGGAGAUGCCUCUACGAAUGCGUCGAUCCGCGCGCCCGUAGAAAAGCCGAUGAAGAAUUCGUCGAAGGGGGUCCGAUCGCCAUGGUCUCACGCUUUUUUUAACGCGCUUCCUCCUCGACUCGCCCACGCGAUCGGUACCCCUUCCUCCACCUCUCUCUCUCUCUCUUUCUCUCUCUACUUGUUGACCAGAAAUGGAAAGAAGGUCUCCCACCAAGUAUUUAUAUUUGAAUCAGAAUAUUUUGGAAAUCGGAGUCUUGGUGUUUGGGAGUAAGAGUCAGGAGUUCGAUCGGUGCUAGAAAUUUCUUUGAAACGAUCCUUUGAAUUUUACUUGAAAAAUUAUUGCAUGAUUUUACCUGAUUUAUUAUUAAAUAGUAAUAUGCAACCGCCUCUGAAAUAGAUAAAUACUGUGUGAUUUGUCUGCCACGCCUCUUCUUGGAGAAUUAAAGCUUCAACACACGCGGACAUAACAGUGACAGACAAAUAAUAAAUGAUCGACACCUGAAAAUAACAACAGUGUGUUGAAAUGUGCUCGCUGAAAAAUAAAUGGAAUGCAUUACCAUUUGUCCAUGCUCAAUAUGACGAUAUUCGUGUACACGUGUAUUUUAAUACACACACAGGAUCGUAGGCUCUAAUCGUUAGCCACGGUCGAGAUCGAUCUCGAAGUCCUCGCGUCGCGUCGCUUCUGAGAAUGAUUUAUUGAUCGAACAGCGAAAUGUGGGUCAGACGUAAAGUUUAAUGAGCGCAGGUGUCUCCAUUGAGCGUGAUUGUAUUCGCUUUUGAGCGUUGAUGAAACCUUGACGAUUAUUUUACAUGGUAUUCCGAUCCAAUUGCUGCUUCUAACGCGCUGGAAUUUGAUGAAACUGGCUAAGAAAAAGUAUCGAAAACCCUGUGACUUAUUAAAAUGUAAGAUAAAAGAAUAUGUAUGUAUUUUCUCACAUUCGUUUAUUAUAAAUAGUAGCUUCAAAUUGUCCGAGAUUUUACAUUAUUUGUCUCGAAAGUUGAACUUUCUCAGAAGCAGAUGCAACGAUGGCUAAGUUUAGACUUCGUUUCAUGCUACGUGUUUCACUCUCUCAGUUAUUGCGUUAGAUAGCCAUCGAUGGACCCUGUCGUCAGUUUUUACAGUGCUUGUCUUUAUGACAGCACUCCUCUGAGUGAGUCUAGUGGUGCAAAAAAGGAAAAACUAUGUAUUUCCUUCGCUAAAUUAGGCUUUCGUCGGGUUUCUUGGCUUACGAGGUUGCGUAAGGGGAGAGAACAUUCGCCAUUUAAAACAUUCCCUUGUUAAGCUGUUACUCGCAGACUUGGCAUCGGUGGUCUGAAUUUUACGACCAGCGAGAUUUUCUCACGUGUACAAGAUAUGGUGAUGUCUACAGAAACGGAGCUCAUUCGAAUCGACGCGUCAUUUAAAACGAGGUGUGACUUUCGCGACCCAAUUGUCUGUAACGCACAAUGUUGGGCAAAAUUCUAUAUGGAUUGAAAAUUGGAAUAAAAAGUGGAAUAACAAGUGGAUGGUGAUUUAAAAUAAAAGUUAGAGAGGGUUUGGGACCUGACCAAGUUUUAAUUGAAAUGGAAAUAAAAAGUAACUCUGGAAAAUAAAAAUAACACCAACUCAUUUAGGUAAUAGCAAUUACCAAUAACGAUUUAUUCGGUUAUUUUUCCGAUUUAAAUUCAACGAAAGAAACAAUCCUUAAACUAACAUGCAACAGAAUAAAUUAUGAUCUACUAUCCAAAUAAAAUUUUGCCUAUGCGUUUUACAGAAUGGUUGGGAACGAAAGUAUCGUUCGAAGAAUAAAAUUGAACAACUGUUGGUUUGUGAAUGAAAGUGACACAAAAAUGGAAGAAUCUCGUACGCCAAGAACCUGGAUUAAAAGCUGAAUAUUUCACUCUCCAUACAUAAAAAGUAAUAAAUACAUGUUGGCAAUUUAUGGAGAAUGAUGGACAAAAGAGUCGAUAUGUUCAUAACACUUCCACCUUUCUUCAUACAUUUCUGUUUACAUAGUGAAUGUAUAUUUAAUACUAUUCACUUCUCGUCCACUUUCGAAUACUUUCUUUUAUUGCAUAAACACACAAAUUCUUACAAACAAUUUUAUGCAACAUUGAAUGGUAUAUUAUCAUCUUCUCGAGUGAAAUAUUUUUAUUCUAAUUACAAACAUAAUACAAGGAAGUGGUCGAACAUUUUAAAUAAUUUUGUUCUCGGUAAUACCACAAAAUAUCUCACAGUCAAUCAUUCAAUUCUUCUUGUAGCAGUCGAAAAAUCUGUGAAAAUAACGAUUAAAAAAUUGUUCAAGAGAAUUUAUUACAACGUACAAGACUUACCAAACUCACACAAUUGCAAUAAAUUUAAUUACAGCACUAUAUAUGUUAAUACCAUAAGUACAACUGCCGAACGAAAUUAUAUUAAACAAAGGAAGAGAGAGAGAGAGAGAGAGAGAGAGAGAGAGAGAGAGAGAGAGAGAGAGAGAGAGAGAGAGAGAGAGAGAGAGAGAGAUAUUGGGGGAGAGAGAAGAAUGGGAAAAAUUGCUCCCGCUGUACUCUAACGUGACGCUCGCGGAAGCACGCGGGCGGAUCCUGAGAUUUCUGGAUGGUGAACGUUAACUCUUUAAGGAGAAAUCCAUACGCAAAUCGGUGUCUAGAAAGUCUCAGCUUCUACUCUAUUUUUUACUCUAGACUUCGUGUUUUACUAAUCUGUAAGGCUCUUCUGAUAAAUAAAAUCGUACGAGGACGUCCCGUUCGGGGGCUACGAAUACCAUUAGAUGCGCGACGAUAAUUCAUCGUGCCAUUUUGAUAUAACGAGGUAAUUAAAGGGUUAAGGUGCCCGGAGGUGCUCUGAAAACGCAGAUACUAUUUGACGCGGGAACGUCGAACGUUCCCUCGAUAUUUCUCGCGAUAGCCGCGUAACGAAUCGAGACGUUGAUUGCGAUCGAACGAGCGAAUGGCAAUCGUUCGACAGCGUUGGGCAAGGUGCAACCAUGUGUUUAAUCGGUGACGAUGAUUAAUGAUCAAUUACGAGUCGGCGGUCGAUGUACAAUCAGUAAUAAUUAGAAAUGGCAAGUCAAUGAUCAAUACGUAAUCGAUAAUCAUGCCUGAUGUUUGAUAAUUGAUGAUUAGUGACUGGUGGUACUCGUGGUUGGUAAUUGAUGAUCAAUAAUCGAUGAUCUAUGAUCGAUAAACUGUAAUUGAUGAUCGAUGCUCCGUGGUGAGUGCUCCAUGAUCUAUUAUCCAUGUUGUAUGAUUCAUGAUCCGUGAUCCAUGAUUUAUGAUCCAUGAUCAAUAAUCCGAUCAUCGAUGGACAAUCAGUGACAAUUAGCUUUGACAGCUUACUGAUCCACAGUAUAAAAUAACAAAUAUGUCAAUACUUAACGAUCACUGACUAAUCCAACAAUGAUAGACGAUUACUAUGCACACAGUCGCGAAGUAAUCAUUGCCUAAUCCUGUUACUCGAUCGACAGUCGCGAAUCGAUACGUUCAGAAUAACGAGGGACCGAUUCGACGUUGUUCACUGGUGUUACGAUCUCUUAACUAUAGAACUGAAUCAAAGAAAGAAAUAAAAAGACGGUUUCGACUAUGUCACGUAGUCGAAAACGUUAGCUAUUGUAAAUAGCACCACGGCUAAAAAGACAGGAUACAAGAAAAUGAGCGACGCGACGCAGACUCCCUACGUUUGAGCCGGUCGUUCGGGAGCUGCGUCGAAACCUAAACGAAAUGUUGUGAUGUGUACCAUGUUAAUUGUUUGCCACGGAAGAACACACUAUGUCACGCGAGUUAUUAUGCCAGUUCGACGAGUCACGGUAUCGACAAUUGCCGUUGUACGAUCGUUCCGCGCGUGGACGCGGUCGACGAAUCGUUUAUCCUGGGACGAGGACCGGGUGACGCGUGAUCGUUUCACCGAGAAAUCAAAAUUAAUCUUAAUUCCCAGCUAACUCGCAACAACGAAGGCUUUUCGUUACGCAACGACUCGCACGCGAUACAUUUUUAAUAAACCGCCGGAAUCUAAGUAAUAAGGAGUACAAUAAUGCGUCGAACGCGGAUAGGAUCGACCCAUCGUCUGUAUCCGGGGACGGAGGCGUGUUUAGAGUGCGCAAACGUUGAAAAAACAUUAAAACGAUUCAGGGACGCAUCGUGGAGCUUCGCACGCGAGAACAGGGUACCGUCACCCGUCGCAUUGUUAAUAAUUCCAAUAAAAUUGAUAAGAAAAAAAUAACACACGAAAUCAACGGAGCAUUGCUCUCACUGGCAUCUCUCCCUUUUUCCAACGUCUCUCACGGUCUUUCUUCGUCCUUUUCGCGACGCGCUAAAGUUUUUAGCCGGGGUCGAGCGCGACGCAAAAAGCGAAUGGAUAAGAUUUCAUUUCUCGAGUUAGGGAUACUCGAUUCCUGCGAAACAGAUUCUGAGUUACUCUCUGAGAUCUUUCAGUAAAUCUCUGGCAAUUAUCCUUAAUCAUCACAGACUUUUUUUAUUUUGGGUAAAAGAAAUAUUCUUCGCGAGUCUUAGAUUAUUUAGAACUCGAUGAAUGUGAUUAAAUAAAGGAAUUAUAAUGUCGACGCGAAUUUUAAUAAUUACAUCGAUAUUCGGUAGUAAUGUACAGUGACUAAUGUGCAAUUUACUGACUUAUUCCUAGUGCAAAAGAAUUAAACGUUUUCUGUGAAUGGAAAAUAUGAAUUUUUAUAUAGAAAAAUUCCCUGAAAUCAAAAGUUUCAGACAUAUUUUCUUCUCUGAAAAAAAAUAGAUGAAAUUCACACUUCACGGGAAGCUGAACUUUCAAAUCGAUUGAAAAUCGAUUCCGAAUCGAGCAUCCCUAACCCGAAACGUCUCUUCGUUGUGUAUGUGUGCAUACUAGAUCGCGCGUGACGCGGUUCUUUCGUCCAGAUCCGUCGUUGCAAGAUUUAAACCAUGCAAUCUCUCGGGUGCACAUUGAUCGGGGGUCGCUUCGAAUCGGAAGUUAAUAUUCGCACAUGUUCCAACGAUCGUGCCGUUGAAUCCCAACCGCGUCUAUUUCUUCUUAACAACGAUUCAAUAACAAACAUCGAUUUAGGCAAACAAUUACUCCAUUACCCGGGAACAAACCAUAAAAAACAGGUUAAUUCCAACACGCACGAAGUUACAUUAACGCUAAUUUCUUAACAAACUAAUUGCCAUUUAAAUUCCAUCGAUGAAAACUGAAAAAAAAAAAUAAAAUAAAGUCCAAAUAAUACUUUUUACCCUUUGAAUUUUGCGUAUUAAUGCAAGAAAAAAUGUUGUGAAAUUUUCAGCAAACACGUGAAUCUAGAAUUCGACGUCCACGUCUCUGUGCAUCCGCGAAACCGCCAAACCAAGCAGUAUUAAAUUCCUCGGCGAUAACGAGAUUCUAAAUACUUUAAAGUCGCUCAAGGGGAAAGAAGAAAAGGGGAACCGAGCGGUUAGGGGGUUGCGGGGGUAGACGAAACGUGUUUCGAAACUCGCCGAAGAAGAAAAGGAGGGUAAUGGUGCCUGCCUGCGUUACAAAGAAAGGCCCGUGGCGUUGCUGAUUUCUUCUUUUUUUUUUUCCUGGAUGCAACGCGAAUGAAAACGACGACGAGAAGGGGACGAAACUGAAGGGUUUAGGGAGGGCGGAGGCUGAGAGUUGAAUGUACGGAGCUGGUCCCUGGCAGUUUUCCGGGCGGCCUCCAUUAUUAACGGUUAAUUACAUUUUUGUACCUAGCUGCUAGUUUUGUACUAGUUUUGUAACGUACCUCACCACCGGACGUGCUGUUAUUGCAUAUUUUAAGUGGUUGUUAAAACGGAAGGUUAAUCGAUCAUUCGCGGGUGCUCGCUGCCAUGAUGUGGUCGUACGAUCGAUGAUCGUCGCGACGCUAAAACCUCCCUUGUGUGGUAAACACGACCGGAACGACGUGAAUAUUUCAGUUUUAAUCGAAGGUUUCGACGAGGAGUCGGUUGACGACAGAGGCGGGCCACUAGACGUUCCUAAUAAACAAUCGAAGACAACGAGUUGUUUAUUAGUUAAUCGGCGAAGCAAACUUUUAAUCGUGGAAUGAAAUAUUUCUCAGUUUGGACAGUUUCUUGGACAGUUCCUUUCUUGAUUAAGUAAAAUAAAUUCAGAGGGCACCAUAUGGACAAAAUAAUUCGAAAGAUCAUUUUUUCUGUUGCUUUCGUUUGGACAAUUUCUUGAAUAUUGUUGUACGAAGUAGCCUCAGAGAACUCAAAUUAAAAAUAUAACUGAGUAAUUAAUUUCUUACCUUGCUCUCAUUUGAAAAAUAUCGUCUAUUAUUCCAAAUACAAUUCUGCCCAUCUCUGAUCGUCAACUAUGGAGUACAAUAUUUUUUUUUUAAAUCAUUGAGGAAGUUUUCCUAUCAAAACAUAUGAUGAAAAUCAUCUACAUAUUAUAACAAUCCAAUAGAACUCAAUAACGUUGCCAAUAAUAUUAGCACUUUCAAGUAUAUUUUCAAAAUAAUGAAAUAUCUUGAAGUUCUUUUUUUUUUAACUCUAUCGAAGAAAUAAAAUGAAAUGUCAAAGCUUCGUGUCGACUCUUUUGAUCGUGAUUACCACAUUCGGUAGGUCGUUCGCAAAAUAGCGUUCAGAGGUUCCACCUGAAAGAUUGAGGGUGCUUAAAAGAGAUAAUUUAAUAUUUCAGCGAUGAAAAAUAAAAGAGAAAUUAAUAUACAGGGUGCCCUGUUUUAUUUUGAAUCUAUUUAAAUAUCGUAAACAUUGUUGGCGAUAUUAAAUUACGUAAAGGGAUGGAAGUUCGAGUGCCUCGAGAAAGACGUUAUCACAUAUGACUAUUUAUAUUAAUGGAGACACGAAUAAAAUUAAAAACAAGCCUGUUUCAUUUUUGUGUAAAAUUACAGCUUCGAGAAAGACAGGAACAGCCAUCUGCAUUAUUCAUAUUAUUUGAUAAGUAUCACGCUAAUCGAAACAAGAACCUUGCAAGAUUGUUAACAAUACAAAAUAAAUCGCGUCUACUAGGAAACAUUCGAUAUUCGUUAAAUAUUAAUUAAUGUUUUUGUAUAAUAUUUGUCUCGAUACUCUUAAACUUGCAACCAAAACGCUUCUUAAUAUCGCCGACAAUUUCCAUUUCCAUGGAUCAAUUAAAAUAGAACAACCUGUACACUCGAGGAUCAGAACAAUCGGUUCACCUGGAAACGAGGGGAAGUUCUUCUCCGUUAGUAUUUCAAAUUAUCGCGAAACAUGCUUGUGAAAAUCUGUGCGCGUUACAAGCGGCUUUCGUUUGAUCGCUGAAAUGUUCGAUCGCGCGUAAGCAAUCAAAAUAAAAAUAUUAAAAAAAAAUAUAUAUAUAUAUGAAAAAAAAAGAAAGAAAACGACAAAAAAAAAUAAGACACAUGAGUUAAUUCGUAAGGUGGAUUGUAUAGGAUGCAAGCAUGCGUCGCGGCGAAGAUGUGUUACCUGUUAUUGAAUUAUAAAAUUUUACACGGUGCGUUAUCGUUCGCGCUUGUCGUCGCAACGAUGAGGCGAGAAAAUCGACUAUCCGUCGGCGCGCGUGCUAUGUGUAAAUAACGCGUUGUAAAUAUGCGGAACCGCGUGCUUUCAUCCUGAAAUUGUUGCAAAAAAAAAAAAAAGAUAAAAAUAAACGAAAAGAGAAAAAAACGAAAUAAAGGAACGAGAAAAUGUGUAAAUCGCUGAACUCGAGUCACGGUGGACUGUACGGAGCAAUUUCUGGUUUGUCCGAGCGCAUUGACGGGUGUACUAGAUACGUCGUGAUAUGAAUUUGACGAUAACGGUACAAUAUUAACGAUUAUUGUCCUAGAACCUAGAAUAGUAAGAUGAUAUUCCAAUAAUAAAUUGCGAGAUCGUAGAUGUCGCAAAUUUCACUCGA